UAUAUUAAGCAGUUGGAGCCGGGUGUUAACGAUGGUGGUUGCGAGUGGUGCAAUUUUGGGGACUCGCUUCCCUUUUCGCAAUAAAGAUCUUUGACAUAAGCGCUUCCCCAGCCGACAGCGUCCUGUCUCGAAUCACCCAAAAUGGCCUGCGAUCGAGAUUACGCCAAGGAGCAGCUGAAGCGCUGGCAAGAGCAGCGGGGCUCGCAGGAAGCCGAGUCCUUAACUACAGGAGCCGGAAUCCCAAUAGGAGACAAGCUGAAUGUCCUGACUGUUGGUCCAAGAGGCCCACUCCUGGUUCAGGAUGUGAUUUUCACUGAUGAGACGGCACACUUUGACCGAGAAAGGAUUCCUGAGAGAGUUGUCCAUGCCAAAGGAGCCGGAGCAUUUGGCUAUUUUGAAGUGACACAUGAUAUCACCGCAUACUGCAAGGCAAAAGUAUUUGAGCACAUUGGCAAAAGAACUCCAAUGGUUAUUCGAUUUUCAACUGUUGCUGGAGAAUCAGGUUCAGCUGACACAGUGCGUGACCCUCGAGGCUUUGCAAUGAAGUUCUACACUGAGGAUGGAAAUUGGGAUCUUGUAGGGAACAACACUCCCAUCUUCUUCGUUAGAGAUCCAAUGCUGUUUCCAUCUUUUAUCCAUACCCAAAAGAGGAACCCACAGACACAUCUGAAAGACCCAAACAUGGCAUGGGACUUCUGGAGUCUUUGCCCUGAAUCUUUGCACCAGGUAUCAAUCCUGUUCAGCGAUCGUGGCAUUCCAGAUGGGCACCGUCACAUGCAUGGCUUUGGGUCACAUACUUUUAAGCUAGUCAAUGCUUAUGGCAAUGCAGUGUACUGCAAAUUUCAUGUAAAGACUGAUCAAGGAAUUAAAAACCUUUCUGUCAAAGACGCAAAAAGACUGGCUUCUGAAGAUCCGGAUUAUGGCCUGCGUGAUCUUUACAAUGCAAUUGCUAAUGGAAACUUCCCCUCUUGGACUUUCUAUAUUCAAGUUAUGACUUUUGAACAAGCUGAGAAGUUUCCAUUUAAUCCUUUUGAUGUAACAAAGGUUUGGUCUCACAAAGAUUAUCCUCUCAUUCCUGUGGGAAAAAUUCUCUUAAACCAAAAUCCUGUCAAUUAUUUUGCUGAAGUGGAACAAUUGGCCUUUGAUCCAAGCAACAUGCCUCCAGGAAUUGAACCUAGCCCUGAUAAAAUGUUACAGGGUCGUCUUUUCUCAUAUCGAGAUACUCAUGGACAUCGUCUGGGACCCAAUUUCCUUCAAAUUCCUGUAAAUUGUCCAUACCGAACUAGGGUGGCCAAUUACCAGAGAGAUGGAGUUAUGUGUGUUUCUGAUAACCAGGGUGGUGCUCCAAAUUAUUACCCAAAUAGUUUUUCUGGCCCUGAGGAUCAACCCGCUUUGAAGGAGAGCUGCGUAUUUAUUUCAGGCGAUGUAAAACGUUUUAAUAGUUCAGUUGAGGAUAACGUCUCUCAAGUACGGGACUUCUUUGUCAAAGUAUUGAAUGAGGAAGAACGCAUGAGGCUUUGUGAGAACAUUGCCAACCAUCUUAAGGAUGCUCAGCUUUUCAUCCAGAAGAGAGCUGUGAAAAACUUUUCUGAUGUUCAUCCUGAUUAUGGUGCAGGCAUUCAAGCCUAUCUGGAUAAACACAAUGCUGAAGGAAAAAUAAAGUUCCUACUAAAUACACAGACUUCAUCCACUGGAAAGGAGAAACCUUAUCUGUAAAUGACAUGAUCUGUGAUUAGCAGUCACAUUGGAAAUGUUUAUCUGAAAUCCCUCAAUCUGGAAAAUGAGCUAUGAAAAGCUUUACAUGUAAUUGACUUGUCUGCUGUGCUAUUAACUGUUAUUCUAUUAACUGCAGUACACAACCAAGUGUGAUUCUGACUUUAAAAACAAUUUGAAUUCACCAUAUAGAUUGUUAAUGCUGAAUAUAACCUGGUAAUACUUUUGAAAUACAUUAGAAUAAUAACUUUUGGUUUAUGUUUGUGUAUUAACAUGGUUUAUUAUUGUAAUCUUGCAUUUAUUUAGCAAAAUAACAUACAUUGCUGUGAUUGAUACUUUUUAUUGGCAUUGCUGGCUUUUGUAUUGCAGUAUAACAAAUAUUUUUCAAAUCUCCAUGUAAUACAUUUAAAAACUAUUGUAACAUUUGAAGGAGAAUUAUGUUUACAUGUGAAACUUACUUGUGUUAUGAAAGCUUUGUAUAUAAUGGUAUUAUGUUCUUAUCUAUUAGCAGCAAUACAAAAGCAAUCUAAUUUAAAGAUCUUUUAAAAUACUAUAUAGAUAAUUUAGGCUGAAUGUGUGUUAACAAUAACUCUGAAAUGGCAUGUUUGAAAUAUUAGUGUAACAAUUUUGUGUUAUUUUUGCAUAAUACUCAAAACAUUUCUAUUCAUGGUACAAAUCUCCAUUGAUAAAGCUCUAGUAAGACCAUACCUGGAAUACUAUGGCCAAUUUUGCUCACCAUAAUACAAAAAAGAUGUUGAGACUUUGGAAAAAGUUCAGAGAAGUGCAACUAAGAUCAUCAAAGGCCGGGAGACUAAAACAGGAAGAACGGCUGCAGGAUUUGGGUUUGGCUAGUCUAAAGAAAAGAAGAAUUAGGGAUGACAUGAUAGCAGUAUUCCAGUACUUGAGGGGCUGCCACAAAGAAGAAGGGGUCAAAUUAUUCUCCAAAGCACCGGAGGGCAGGACAAAAAACAAUGGUUGGAAACUAAUCAAAGAGAGAAGCAACCUGGAAUUAAGGAGAAACUUCCUAACAGUGAAGACAAUUAACCAGUGGAACAGCUUGCCUCCAGAAAUCGUGGGGGCUCCAUCACUGGAAGUUUUUAAGAGGAGUCUAGAGUCUAUUAUCUGAAAUAGUACAGAUUCUCCUGCUUGAGCAGGGGCUGAAUUAGAAGACCUCCAAGAUUCCUUACAGCUCAUUCAUUCUUCAUUUAUUCACUGAAAGAAUAUAUAUUCAUACACACAUACAUACAUACUGUAUAUACAUCUGUAUAUACAUACAUACAUUUAUAUCUGUUAUUGGUAAUGCUGACAUUUUAUUUUUUUAUUUCAUUAAUCAAAUUUAUAUAGCUACCCAUCUCACUGAAGAUGCCUUUGAAGGAAUGAAGCAAUUUCAGCAAGUCUUUAAUUCCCUGAGAAUCCCAGACCUGAUACUAUAAAUGGUUUUGAGAGCCUUGUGGAAUAUCAAAAGGGUGGAAGUAACAAUUUUGCAGGGAAGAAUAUUCCAUAAAAUGAAGAAAACACGGGUCAUGGGAAACACCCCUUCCCCCAUGCUAGCAUGGUACCUGCAGCAUGCCUACUCUGGCAAAGCGGGAAGGACUAGGAAAAGGCAUUCUCUGAAUAGCCUAGUCAUAUGCCAUGAAGGGGUUUAUAGGUCAAAAACACCAUCUGCAGCUGAAUUGGAUUGGAAGCAGUCUGACAACCAAUGCAGCUCACAGAGCAAAGGUAUAACAUGCGCUAUUCUAAGAGCACACAUAACUGCUCACACCACUUUUUUGUAGAAGCUGAAACUUUUGAUAUUUUUCAAGAGCAGCCCCGUAUAGAAUUCAUUGUAGUAAUCCAAUCUGGAGGUGAGUUGGGUGUAAGUGACUAACUGUGAGCAGUGUCUGCUGAUCCAGGAACAGGUGCAAUUGGCACACAACACAAAGCUGUGCAAAGUUGCUCCCAGCCACGACUGCCACCUGCUCAUUGAGGAAGAGUUGUGAGUCUGGGAGGACCUCCAAGUUGUGUACUGGGUCUUUCUUUGGACAGUUAAUCCCAUUCAGCACUAAAGAUAGCAUUGUCCUGGAAACCAUUGGGCCCCAAAAUCCAGAGCCACUGAGAGCCAAAAUCAGCCACUCAGACAUUUUAGUAGUAUAACAAGUAAAUGAAAUACAUAUUAUUUAAUUAUUAUAAUUAGAGCAAUUUUAAAUAAAGAUACAAUGUGUAUGAAUCUUUUUAAUAGAAAACCUCCAUUCAUACUGUACACUUAAGAAUUGUUAAACAAUGGAUUAUGCUAAUUGCAAAUUCUCCUUGUUCUUGGGUUUCUUUUGUUGGUUCAAGAUGGAUGAUGACAACAACAGACUUUUGAAACAAGAAAACUAGAAUGUUUUUACAAUGCUUAUUUUACAAUAAAAUUCUCAUAAAUGUC